AUGAGAACAAGUCUUGUCUUUUGCCUUUUGGCACCUCUUGUGGCUUCUUUACCAGCCGAAUUUGUUCAGCUAGAGCCAGAGCUGGCCGCACGUCGUGCCAACAUCACUGAGCGAACUGCCGACCUAGAAGAUCGACAAGCUUCUGUCAGCAUUGACCAGCGUUUCAAAAAUCGAGGCAAAAUCUAUUUCGGAACUGCCACUGAUCGUGGCCUACUCCAACGGGACCGAAAUGCGGCCAUUAUCCAAGCCAAUCUUGGUCAAGUGACGCCAGAAAAUAGCAUGAAAUGGCAGUCGCUUGAGUCAAAUCAAGGUCAAUACAAUUGGGGAGACGCAGAUUAUCUCGUCAACUUUGCGCAGCAAAACGGCAAGGUCAUACGUGGACAUACUCUUAUUUGGCAUUCCCAGCUCCCAAACUGGGUCAACAACAUCAACAAUGCAGACACUUUGCGCCAAGUCAUUCGCACGCAUGUUUCAACUGUUGUUGGGCGAUAUAAGGGGAAAAUCCGCGCAUGGGAUGUGGUAAAUGAGAUUUUCAACGAAGAUGGAACACUUCGCUCUUCUGUCUUUUCCAGAUUAUUGGGCGAAGAGUUUGUGUCCAUUGCAUUCAAUGCUGCUCGAGCUGCUGAUCCGUCCGCCCGCCUCUACAUUAAUGACUAUAAUCUUGAUCAGUCUGGAUAUAGUAAAGUCAAUUUGAUGAGGUAUUAUGUUGAUAAAUGGAUCUCUCAAGGCGUCCCAAUUGACGGCAUCGGCACCCAAACUCACAUUGGCUCUGGAGGAGGCUCGGCUAUACUGGGUGCUCUUCAGCAGCUGGCUACUGCACCUGUUACCGAGCUGGCCAUCACUGAGCUCGAUAUCGCGGGAGCGCCAUCGAAUGAUUAUACAGCCGUGGUUCAAGCAUGCUUAAGUGUCUCUAAAUGCAUUGGUAUCACUGUAUGGGGUGUUAGUGAUAAGGACUCGUGGCGUAGUGGCAGCAACCCCCUUCUAUACGACAGUAACUUCAACCCUAAAGCUGCAUACAAUGCUAUUGCCAACAUUUUGUGA